AUGUCCGAGAAGCAGCCCCCCGCCGGUGACGUCGAGGAGGAGGUCCAGCCCGCCAAGUCCGCCGAGGACCGCAAGGCCGCCUCCGCCCUCGCCAGCCUCGACGCCGGCGGUGACGACUCGGGUAACACCCAGGUCGACGCCGAGGCCGCUCAGAAGGCCAUCCAGGGCCUGGGCGGCGCCACCGCAGCCAAGAAGGAGGUCAAGAACGUCAAGGUCGACGCUGCCGACGUUGCCCUGCUGGUCGACGAGCUCGAGCUUCCCAAGCCCAAGGCCACGGAGCUUCUCAAGGCCAACGACGGAGAUGCGGUCAAGGCGAUGAAGGCAUACCUGCGCUCAUGA